AUAUUGUCUCAAAAGCUCGAGAUCUGCACCGAAUUAGUGGAGACUGCCGUCUUUUUUGUAGCCAAUGUGGCUGAAUCAGUAGAAGAAGCCACUUUCCGUAAGUCUCCCCCGGCACUUCCGGCAGAUCAUGAUAGUCGCCGCAACAGUUAUGCCGAGGUUGCCAUUCCUCUUGUUGGAUUCAUGUGAUGAGCUUUUUCUUGAGUUUUGGAAUCGUUUAAGUUAGUAGCUCUCGUGCCAUCUGGUGUUUUGGAAGUUGUUGAUUUGUGUGUAUAUAUAAGUAUAACCAAAUGAAUCAUGAAGAGUUCUGAAGAGUUACAGAUGAAUCAAAUCGUCAAUGUUCAUAAAAUUUUCAAAUAUUUCUAACCUACUAAGCACAACUUAAAUUUCAGUUGCAGUAACAAUACUUCGUGUAUUAAUUUGUAACUUUAAUAUUGACAAUUUUUGAAAAAAAAACUCCAUCCAUUGCAAGUAAAGAAUAAAAAAAAUAAUUUAAAUCUCAACUCCUUCCUUUUUUCUCAAUAUGUCACCUAUGUUUUCUCCUAAUCGACUUUUUCUGGUAUGAACCCUGAUUCUUGUAACUGAGAACCGUAACAAAAGAUGUAAGUUGACACGGGUGGGUAAAGGAUUUGGGUCGGUUCGGAUUUUUUAAUUUGGAGUUAACUUUAAUAUAUUACAGAUUGGCCUCUUUAAUAUUGAUUAAAAUCAAUUUAACCAAAUUAUGAUGUUGACAUUAUAUAUUUAUUUAUUUUAUAUAUGUGGUAUAUAUUAACAUAAACUUGGUGUAUAGACACAUUUUUAUACUCUGGAUAGUUUUGAUCGUGUUAAAGUAAACAUGACGUAGUUGAGAAAUUUUUUACUUGACAAUAAGGCAUACCCGAUUAGUUUUUUUUCCUUUGCAAUUUGGUUUCCUUUUUCUUUUCGUGGGUGCAAAAUCAGACAGCCAGAAUCAUUCAA